UCCUUGGGUCGUUCCCCUUUUCCGUUGAACGUUCACUCCCGAGCUACUUGUCUUAACCUUCAUUUGCGGCUAUGGCUUCCUGCUCUAAAUUUCUUACUCCUCCUCCGGCGAUUUGCACAGUCCUCUCUGUUCCCGCAAUCAUCACUUCUGCUGCUCUCUCAGAAUCGCAUUCUGCUUAUUGACUUUUAUCUUGCUGAUUACGCCUUUGCUAUCAUUCAAGAUUAUUUGAUAGCUUCAUUGACGCCCUGUUUUCCUCGCCUUCUUUCUGUUUCGUUUGGUUGUCCCUGUGGAGUGGUUGGUUUGAUCUUUGGAGCUUAUUGUCAUAACAUACCAGGAUCUCGUGCCCCGUUGAGUGGUGAUCUUAUUUGACAUUGAGGCGGUGUUUAAUUGUAGACAGUCGUGUGCUGAGUUCCGUGCCACUCUGUGGAGUUGUGAGCGUUAAAGUUUGUUAGGGAGACAUGGAGAACCAGGCUCCAAUGGAGAAUUGCGUCGAUCUCGAUAACACGCCAUUGCUCGGGAAUCUAAAGCGCAGUACCGCUUUGUCCGCUUUCAGUCCCAAGGAGCGACAGCGGAUGGAGGCAAAGUUAUUCAAGAUGUCUGCGCCUGUUCCUUUAAGGGAGCGUCCCAAGAAUAAAGGGGAUGUGAAUCGCGUAAAUGGUGCCAAUUCGGGCCAGGUUUCUACCAGGAGUUCUGUGGUCUAUCCCGAACGCUGUAUGAGCCCAACCGACUCCCUGGUGUCCCCCAUCACGAGAGGCGUUCUAGCUCGGAGUCACAAGCGCAUGCGAUUGCUGAAUCCUUGGGGCCCACCGAAGGCUUUGGAUGAUGUUUUCAAGGGAGCGUUAAAUCCAUCUUCAAGUCCCAAGCCUAACGCGUGAGAUUUCAUCAUGUGAUCUGAGGCUUGGAAGUGGGGGUUGCACGUAUUUUCGUCGUCCUCGCUUUUUGCUCGGCAUACUCCAGUCGCACGCAUUGCGAAUAAUCAAACCCUUUUUUUCACACGUAUGAACAACACCUGCAGUCUACUUCUAGAUCGAGGUGUCGCCUAGAAUGCCAUCCGUCAUUGAAGUGCGACUUCUUAUUUGACCGAGUGUACAAAUUUCAUUUGUUUAUACACCGUUGGUCACCUCUAACCUUGUAGUGCUGAUGUGCUUGACGAUGCAGUAUUCACUGACCAUUGUGUUGCACAACUACGCAAUGUGUAACUUUUAUAUUAACUACACCGUUUUGAUGUA